AUGACCUCGGGCUCCGGGAGCAGCCGCACCUCGGUCCCCAGGCAGAAGCAGAGGCGGAGCCGCCGCCGCCCCGGCCACACCCCGGGCAGGGAUUCCCCGGCCCUGUCAGCGCUGGGCUAUUUCCAAACCCUUCCCUUAGAGAUCUUCCAGAUGGUGUUGAAUUAUCUCUCAGUGAAGGACAUCAGCAUGCUGAGCAUGGUGUCCAAAACCAUCAGCGGCCGCCUGAUUAAUUACAUCUCCACCUCAUCAGGGAGCCGCCGGCUGCUGCUGCAGGACUUCCACCAGGAGCUCCCUGCCAGGAGAGAGGGAGCCUCCAUCCUGGAGCACUACAGAGCUCUAGGGCUGCUGCUCAAGAGGUGCACCCUGCUGCUGCCCACCAGGGACAGGCUCAAGUACGUGCACAAGGUGCUCUCAGGGGUUUCCUGUUUCAAGCUGAAUGGUUGUGCCAGUCCCCUGCACUGCCUGGGGCUGCAGUGCUAUGGGGUCUUCUUACAGAUCCUGACCGCGGGCUGGGAUGAGCUCGAGUGCCACCGGGUGUUCAACUUCCUCUGGGAGCUCAGCAAUUUAGCCCGGAAGGUGCAGACGGUUGUCAGCAGCAAACCAGGCAGCGCCCGGAGGCUGGAGCUGCGGAUCCGCCUGUUCUGCCGGGGGGUGCUGCUGUCUCCCGGGAGCCGCCGCAGCGACUCCGCCUUCUGGCUCACCCGCAUCCUCAAGCCCUGGCCCAUGGUGAACCAGGCCCGCCUGCUCUACAUCAUCUUCGGGCCCGUGUCCUCCCGCGAUGGACACGUGGUCUGGCAGAAAAUGAUAGAAGGACCAACAGAUGAGACCAGUCUGAAGGGUUUAGCUGAUGCAAUUAAGCUGCUGUAUGGUACAGAAGCUAGAGAAUGGACAGCAGAUGAUGUUAUCAGUCUUGUGGAUGAGCUGUCAGUGGUUCCCCAGGAGUGGCUGAUGGAGAACAACGCUCGGCUGCUGCUCCUGAGUGGGAACAGCAUCUGCUUCACCUUCCUGGCCAGCAAAGCUGUCAAUGGCAGAGCUGUGGAGCUGGCCAGGCUCAUGGUCUUCAUGGUUCUGGUGUGUGAGAAGGACCUGUACUGCAUGGACUGGGCAGUGAAGAUGAUGCAGAAGGUCUGCAAGGUUUUCAGCACUCCCUGGGAGAGAAACAACUUCCUGCAGUGCCUGGAGAACUCCUUUGCCCGCAUGCUCAUGGACAUGCUGCAGGCAGUGCUGGCUGGGGAGAGGGAUGAGGAGGACAGCAGCUUCCUGAACCUGUUCCACCUGAUGAAUGCACAGGCCAACUUCCACAAGGAAAUCCUCUACAUGGCCAUGGGCAGCACCAGCAGCACCUCCUGA